AGUACCCGCAGCUGGCGCUGCAGCGGGUGAAGCGGCUGCCGGGGGAGUCUGAUUUCCAGCGCCGUGUAUUAAUAACCCCCACCCGCCUCAUGCUAAGCCCAUGUGCAGCGCAGUGCAGGGGGCACCGGGCUCCGGGAGAGCAAGGGACCUGAUGGCAGAGCCAGAGCCCCCUCCAGAACCGCUGCCGGAUGAAGCAGGAGCAGCCCCAGCCCCCCAUCCUGGGGCUCCAUGCAGCCCAAUAGACCCAGCGCCAGGCCUGGGGGCUGUUCCUGCUCCAGGUGCCUGUGGGGAGCUGCAGGAAGGUGUUGGGGACGCAGCCUUGAACCUCACCAUGCCAGGGACACUGCUGGGCAAGGAGACGGCCAGGGCAGAGGCACCACUGGGAGUGGAUGGAGCAGAAACCCCACUGGAUUCAGAAGCAGAUGAACAGAUCCUUCUGGAUGUGGAUGCUGGUGGGACAGGGAUCCUUCUGGAUGUGGAUGGGGCAGGAAUCCCAUUGGAUGUAGAAGAUGAAGUAGGGAUCCCUCUGGAUGUGGAUGCUGGUGGAACAGGGGCGCUUCUGGAUGCUGAUGGAGCAGGACUCCCACUGGACGUGGAAGCAGAAGGAUUAGGGAUACUGCUGGAUAUGGAUGCCGCUGUGGCGGGACUCCUGCAGGAUAUGGAUGCGUCAGGAAUCCCACUGCACGUGGAUGGGGCAGAGAUCCCGCUGGAUGCAGUCAGGGCCGGGAUCCCAUUGGCCAUGGACACUGACGGGGCAGGAAUCCCGCCGGGCGCAGCGGGGGUGGGGGUCCCGCAGGACAUGGACGCGGAGGGGGCGGGCACCCCGCAGGCCCCAGAGGGCACGGAGCGGCCGUGCCUCAGCCUGGAGGAGCUGGGCGAGUACUUCCAGGAGUGCAUCGAGGCAGUGGAGCAGCUGGAGAAGGAGCGCGACGCUCUGAUCGAGGAGCUGACCCAGCUGCGCGAGCCGGCGCUGCAGGACAUCCGCCAUGCCCACCAGGAGAUCCAGGCCGCCUGCCGGCUGCUGGCCAAGGUGGAGCUGGAGCGGGACAACCUGAGGGAUGAGAUCCGUCAGAUCAAGCAGAAGCUCUUCAAGGUGACCAAGGAGUGCGUGGCCUGCCAAUACCAGCUGGAGAGCCGCCGCCAUGACCUCUCGCAGCACGCGGCGUAUCGGGACGAGCUGGAGAGCCAGGCCGGGCGGCUGACGGGAGAGCUGAGCCGCCUGCGGGAGAGCUGCGAGAAGGAGAAGGAGGCCCUGAGGCAGCGCCUGGAGGCCCCGCCGUGCCGCCAGGACCCGCAGUACCUGCAGGAGAGCCGGCGGCUGUCGGCCGAGUUCGAGAGUUUGGUGACGCGGAGCCGCCGCGGCCUGGAGGAGCACUAUGAGCCGCAGCUGCUGCGGCUGCUGGAGAGGCGUGAGGCGGGGACACGGGCACUGCAGGAGCUGCAGGGAGAGGUGCAGGGCAUGAAGGAGGCCCUGCGGCCCUUGCAGGGGGAGGUGAGCCGGCUGCGGCUGCAGAACCGGAGCCUGGAGGAGCAGAUUGUGCUCGUCAAGCAGAAGCGCGAUGAGGAGGUCGGGCAGUACAGGGAGCAGGUGGAGGAGCUGGAGGACAGGCUGAAGGAGCUGAAGAACAGCGUCCAGCUCCAGCAGCGCAAGAACCAGGAGCUGGAGGAGCUGCGGAGCAGUCUGCACCACGAGCUGUCCAUCUACAAGGGCUGCUUAGAGAUCUACGGCCACCUUUGCAAAUCAGAAGAAAAACCAGACCAGGAAUGUUAGAGAUGAGAUUUCCUCCUCACCAAAGGGCGGUGUUGGAACCUGCAGGGACGGCUCCUCACUGCUCCUCAGGCUGCCCGAAGUCAGCAGCACCGCUCUGCUGUGGAUCUUCUACUGAACUGCUUUUCCACAUGAGCAGAGAAAAUGGUACUUGCACUGAACAACAGACAUGGCUGAAGAAUCACACGUGUAUGUUUUGCUGUGUUUGGAAAAUGUAUCUCGUCCUGUUCCGUAGAUAGAGCAUAUAAACCUGCACAGGGACUGCCAGGGGGCUGAAUGCUGCAGUUUAUGUACAGAAGGGUUUCCUUUUGUAGUCCAGUGGUGUCUGCUGCAUUGCCAUACGCUCCACCGAUGGCCACAGAAACUGAGGUCUGUGGAUAAAAGGUUUCCACUUUAUAGUCUCACACUGAAAAUAAAGGCCAGAGUUUAAGGA